AUGGCGAGUGGAGGAGAAGGGGUUGUGGGUGUUGGGGUGCAAGCGCUCCAGGGGCGGGAGCUGGGUUCGGACAGGGCAAGUGGCAUGUCGGGUAGUGAGCGCGGGGUGGAAAGCGAUGAGGACAGCUUGCCGCCUUUCCAGCGUGAUGAGCGGGAUGAGGAGGCUGCUCACAGCGCGUGGUAUCUUGGUGGGCGUGAGGAUGUGGAGAGCGCAAGUGAAGACGAAAGCAGCGAGUUGUUGUCGGCCCAGGAGGUUCAGCCUGUGGACGGGCAGCCUCGCGAGCCGCAGCCUGCCAAGCGGAGCCGACGCCAGCUCCGCCGCGAUGCAUACAAUUACAAUAGUAUUCUAGCAGCCGAGGCCUCUGCCCACCGGAGCGCGCCCAGCGUCAUCAUGGAAACCUAUGCGCUACCUCUUGCCGUUUCCGCUUGGAAUGACCCAAGCGCCGCCCCACCCGGGGCGCUGUCCAAAGUCGACUUGGCUGCCGACCUGGAUGUGGGUGAAAGUCGGCUGCCCAAUGAGGAGGGAUUCGCCAAGAGCGUGCAACCAUUUACUGCCUUUGAGCGCGUCAGUCCGUACCUUUUUAGCACGGCGGCGGAGACGGUGGCCCCUGACCACGUGCGGACCCGAGGGCCCUUUCCCCUGCUCGAGGACGCAUUACGACUAGAAAUAUACCGGCAAUGGCCGACUCUACGAGAACAAUUGCAAGCACAUGACCAUGAUGGUUUUGUAGGGGAGACGUUGCCCGAGAGCUUGGUGUCCAAGCUGGCGCUUCGCCUCGCCGAUCGCCUGACGUGUCUGAAGUUACCGUAUCCCUUGCCACUCAGCUCAGCUCCGCUGGCUUACCGAGUCGACCUCGGUUCAGGGUGUGAGCUGAACACGGCCCGCUCGCCCGAUUCGAAUCGAGGAUUGACUUUCGGUUUGGUGCAAACAGCAACUGGCAUCAUGGCAAAGCCGGCAGGCGAGCUGCCUGACUUUGACAAGAUGAAGCACAAGACCAUGAUGCGGAUGGGUGAACUCACGGCCAUGGAUGAGGAACAACGCAAGCUCAUCAUGGAAAUGGUCAAGCAAGGUUCCCUCACGGUUGAAGAUGCCGUUGAUGAGGUCAAGCGGAUCAAGCCCAAAACUGUUGGCUGCAAGUUUCUUGGAAGCUGCCCCUCCCUGGUCGAGGGCACGGGCGUCACUGCCCAAAACGCGGAAGCCCUCAUCAGCAACGCCCUGGAAUACUUCAAGCAGAACAAGAUUGUGACCGUCAAGGCCUCGGCCAUGAUCUCCACCAUUGGUCUCCGUAUUGCGGAUCCGGCCGAGGAUGGCCUCGUGUAUGAAAACGAGUCCAUGCCCAUGAUCCAGCACUUCUGCAUCAGCGGGGGAAAAACGCUGGCCGUCUUUGCUGUUCAUCACAAGCUAGGCCUGGUCUACACCUACCUGCUGCAGUUUGGCAAGGCUCGCGAAGCAGCAGAUGCCCUUGAGCUCCUGCAGGAUCGCCAAGCUCUGUCCAGAGAGACCAAGGUCCUGGGCGGCGUUGCUGAGGAGAAUGAAGAAGACGAGGAAGGUGACGAGGGAGCGGACGUUGAUGAUGAUGAUGAUGACGACGACGACGACGAGCAGCCGUUCUGGCUCAGCCACGUCUACUACGUGGGCACCAUCAAUGCCGCUGAUCAUUCGGGACAGAACACUGUCGAGCACGCCAUGGGCCUUUUGGCCGAUCAGGUUCGCGGCAAGCCGACCAAGUUCAAAGACCUCGCUGCGACGGAUGGUCAUCGUGUUUGCCUCGUCUUCUCCGCCGAGGGCGUGCGCGUGGUUGACGCAGCUACAAAAGAACUGCUUUUCAACACGCUCGUCAAGGCUGUAUCCUUCCAUUGCACGACCAAGCUGAAAAAGGGCGAUGCUUUUGCUUACAUCGAGGUCGACGACCGCCGCUCUGACAACGAAUGCCAUGUCUUUGUGUGCCAGCGCAGCCCCAAGAAUCAAGCUGACCAGCUGACCGAGGCUAUGAACAAAACUGUGCAGAUUGGCAAGGACCGUGUGGGCAACCCUUUCCGGGCCUUGGGCAAAAAGCGGGAAGCCGUGUCAAGCUCUGCUCUCGCUGCCAUUCAGCUGCCACGCAAGAGCCUCAAGGCCGUCAAAGCCAUUGGUGCUGGUCAGUUUGGAAAGGUCUACCUCAGCGAAUACUCUGUUGAUGGGGCCGAAGUCGAGGGCGAACCCGAGCUGCGUGCUGUCAAAAUGCUGCGUGGCCAGGCCUCCGACAACGAUCGAGAUGAGUUUCUGCGUGAGGCAGAAACCAUGCUCCAAAUCGGCGCACACGAAAAUCUGGUCUCGCUCUGCGGUGUUGUCCUCAACAAGCGACCCAUGCUGAUGGUUCUCGAAUACUGCCAAUAUGGUGAUCUCAGUGAUGUUCUGCGCUCGCUCCGACGGAAAAACAUCAAGCUGAACCUCGGCGAGCAGCUGCACAUGGCCAAUCAACUGGCAAGCGGCAUGCAAUACAUCGCCUCCAAGCACUUUGUACACAUGGAUUUGGCUGCCCGCAAUUGCCUCCUCGGUCCCAACAGCUCGAUCCGCAUUGCUGACUUUGGUUUGACGAGACCCCAUGACAACCAGAAGAACUACUACAAGCAGCAGGGCGUCAUGAAGCUCUCCAUUCGCUGGCUUGCCAUUGAUGCCUUUCAGUACAAAAUUUUCUCUGAGAAGAGCGACGUCUGGUCCUUUGCCGUCACUGUCUGGGAAAUUUUGGCGUACGGCCGCCAGCCGUAUCAUGGAACUGAACUUAAGCAGGUUAUGAAAGCAGUCAUUGCAGGGCGGCGCCUCAGUCAGCCCAAGGAGUGCCCAGACGAUGUUUGGGACAUGCUUUAUUCUUGCUGGAUCAAAGAGCCCAACCGCCGACCCACCUUCCGACAGCUCAAAAAGGCCGUCGAUUUUCUCAUGGCCGAACACAAGAUUGAGCUCUCCGCCAUCCGCGAUGUCGGGGCCCUGCUCAACGCCGACUUAACGGAAAACAUUAAAAUGCUCACCCUACAGCGUCGCAAAUCCAGCCGCGCUGAUGCUGGCGCUCGCAAAGCAUCUGCUGCACCAUCGGCGAUGGGGGCAUUGGCCGAAUAA